CAUCCAGAGAGCGAUAGAUUGGUUGUCCUGCCAGGCUGCUGGCAGCGGUGGGUGUGGAAUUGCAGAGUGGACGGUGGAAGUAAUGUGAGAAUGGCCGAACUGUGAUCACUGCAAGGAGGACACCCGGGACUGAGGGCACGGAGGACACCCGGGUCUGCUGGGACUGAUACUGCAAGGAGGAAGCUGGCUCGUCUGCCUGCAUGAAAACAUGGAGUCGGAGCCAGCCGCUGCCCCGCAUGUACUUGGCCGAUCACAGCUGAAUGCAGCUACUGACACAGAGGUGCAAGAAGAGACCCAUAAAGCGGGACCCUCCAGCCCCGGAUCACCCGGAGGCUUUGCAGCUGUGCCAGAAUCCAUGAGUGAGGAUCUGGAUUCCGAGUUGCUGGAGAAGGCCAGAGCCGGCGAUCCCAAGGCCCAGAGCGAGGUAGGAAAAUACUACUUAAAACUUGCUGAGGAGCAGGAUGAGGAAGCGAACAGCUGCGCUGCAGUAGACUGGCUUCUCCAAUCUGCCAAGCAAGGUCGAAGGGAAGCGGUGAAGCUUCUGCGGAGAUGUUUGGAAGACAGACGAGGAAUCACAAAUGAGAAUGAGAGCGAAGUAAAGAAGCUUUCCUCGGAAACUGAUUUGGAGAGAGCUGUGAGAAAGGCGGCCCUGGUCAUGUAUUGGAAACUAAACCCGAAGAAGAAAAAGCAGCUCUCUGUGUCUGAGCUCCUGGAGAACGUAGGCCACGUCAAUUCUGAAGAUGGCGAGCCACAGGCAGGCCCGAUUCCGAAGUCCGCCCAGAAGGAGCGCCGAGCCCUGGAGCGCUUGGUCAGCUGUGAAUCUAAAAGCUACAUUGCCUUAGAUGAUUUUGUGGAGAUUACAAAGAAAUAUGCAAAGGGAAUUGUGCCAUCCAACUUGUUCCUUCAUGACGAUGAAGAUGAUGAGUUUGCUGGGAAAAGCCCAGAGGAGCUGCCACUGCAACAAAAGAUCAUGAAGUAUCCACUCCAUGCUAUCAUGGAACUUAAAGAAUACCUUAUAGAAAUGGCAUCAAAGGCUGGGAUGCACUGGCUGUCCACCAUUAUACCAACCCAUCACAUCAAUGCCCUCAUCUUUUUCUUCAUCAUCAGUAACCUCACCAUAGACUUUUUUGCCUUCUUUAUUCCUCUUGUUGUCUUUUACUUGUCCUUUAUCUCCAUGGUCAUCUGUACCCUGAAGGUCUUCCAGGACAGUAAAGCUUGGGAGAACUUUCGAGCCCUAACGGAUCUGCUUCUUCGCUUUGAACCAAACCUGGAUGUUGAGCAAGCCGAAGUGAACUUUGGCUGGAACCAUUUAGAGCCAUAUUUAUACUUCGUCAUGUCAGUCUUUUUUGUCAUAUUUUCAUUUCCUGUCUCGGAUCGGCACUGGAUUCCCUGUUCAGAGUUGGCUGUUAUCUCGAUCUUCUUCACAAUUACCAGCUAUCUGAGUUUAAACACAAGUGCAGAACAUUACACUCGCCGUGCUCUACUCACUGAGAUAGUUGCAGGAGCUCUCACCUUUGUAAAUUUGUUGCCUGAAUCUGUGCCCUACAUUCACCUGAUUAGUAAAACGUUCUUUACUGUACCUAUUGGACAUUUUAUUAUAUUCCACAUAAGCCUCCCAUGCAUACUCUUCAUCUAUUUAUUUUACCUCUUCUUCAGGAUGGCACAACUCCGAAACUUCAAGGGUGUGUACUACUACCUGAUACCAUAUCUGGUGUGCUUUAUGUGGUGUGAACUUUCUGUUGUCAUUCUUCGGGAAUCUACUACCAUUGGCCUUAUCCGUGCAUCCAUUGGCUAUUUCCUGUUCCUGUUUGCCCUUCCCAUGCUCAUAGUGGGCAUCGCUGUCAUGUGUGCUGUUCAUUUUAUCAAAUGGUUUGUGGCUCUGGAACUGACCAAGAUCGUGGUAACUCUGGUCUUGUUGACUGUUCCACUGUGUCUUCGCUGGUGGUCGAAAACCAACUAUUCUCUGGUGGACAUGGUGAAGUCUCUUACUAAAAGCUCCAUUGUGAAGCUGAUAUUAGUAUGGAUUACUGCCAUUGUAAUGUUUUGUUGGAUUUACGUUUACCGCUCUGAGGGAAUGAAAGUUUACAAUUCCACUCUGACCUGGCAGCAAUAUAGCUUUUUGUGUGGCCCAAGGGCAUGGAAGGAGACCAACAUGGCGAGGACCCAGCUCUUGUGCAGCCACCUGGAAGGCCACAGAGUGACAUGGGCUGGAAGAUUCAAGUACGUUCGUGUCACGGAUAUCGACAACAGUGCUGAGUCUGCUGUUAACAUGCUCCCCCUUUUAAUUGGAGAUUGGAUGAGAUGCCUUUAUGGAGAGGCAUAUCCUCCGUGUGAUCCACAGAAUGUCACAAUAGAGGAGGAAGAACUGUGUCGGCUAAAGUUCCUCUCAAAACAUGCCUGCCAUAUGAAGAAGUUUGACCGAUAUAAAUUUGAGAUAUCAGUUGGUAUGCCUAUCAAUGGUAAAAAUGGCAAUAGGACGCUUGAAGAAGACGAUGUCACCAAAGAUAUCGUUUUAAAAGCUAGCAAUGAGUUCAAAAUGGUACUGUUCAGCUUGCGGCAGGGCAGUGUGAUAGAAUUCAGCACCAUACUUGAGGGACGCCUGGGCAGCAAGUGGCCGGUCUUUGAGCUUAAAGCUAUCAGCUGCUUAAAUUGCAUGGCUAAACUCACUCCAUCCUCUAGGCAUGUUAAGAUAGAGCAGGACUGGAGACGUGACGUUCACACCGCUAUUAAGUUUGCCUUUGAUUUUUUCUUUUCCCCUUUUCUCUCUGCCGUGUGAAAAUAUAUAGAACUAAUGUUGCUGUAUUGUUCAAGCUCUGAAACCAAAGUGAGAUCUCAGCUUAAAGUAUGACUUCACCUUUCUGAUCUGAUAUUGUAGGGCAGCUCAGCUGCCUUUGGGGUGGGCUUCUUGCGCCAAUAAUUUGGUGCAUUAUAUGUCGACAUUGAAGCCGUUAGUGUUGAUAUAUUACGACAAAGAUGUGUUUUGGUGUAUUUUUCAUUUUUAGAGAGAGAAUUAUCAGUAUGAUAAUAUAAUCUCAUCACGGUUUUCAGAUUACGGCUGAGCUUGAGGUUUAGGGUUUAAGGUGAAGUCAAAGUGGAUAUGUUGGUUGCCAUUGCUGGCUUUUCUAAAAUGCUUAUCAUUUGGCUACUUGGUUUAAAUGUUUGCUGGAUCACUAACCAAGAACAAGCAGGUAGAAGUAAAGUCAAAAUUUCUGAUCCGCAUACCUGCUAUGAUCCAGUGAGAAAAUAUUAAACUAUUGGAUAAAUCUGACAGCUAGGCAAAAUGUGUUCUUAUCAGGGGAAAUCAACAAUGGCAUCCAGUGUGUUCUUUUGGCACGUUUCUUUUUUUCCCCCAGUUAAUACAGAGCUCAAAUUUAGAGUUAUGUUGAAAGGUGGAUGGAUAGAGGUAGGUUAAGACUAAAGGAAACUCACUUUUUGUUUCUUUGUUUUUUUGUGUUUUGUUUUAUGAUGGAUUUGUGCCUUAAGCACCACAUAUGGUAUACGUUUUGGUAAGAAACCGUCAUAAAGGAAGGCAAAUGAAUCGACGUGAAGCAGAGGAUUGAGCGAUAACCACCUUAAUAACCGGUGCCUGUGUUGGUGUCCAUUGGUAAACAGUGCCUUCAAUGCUUAUGUUGGUUUUCAGAUUGACCCUUGUGGCCCUCUGGAGCUUCUUGGCCUCUUCAAGGAGGGAUUAGGCCCUAUCCGGUACCAAUUCAUCAACUAUAAAAUGGCACAACUUCUAUGGUCCACUGUAGGUCUGACAUUUGACAGAUGAAUGACAGAUUACAGCCUCUUAGGAACAUUAUAGGUUCGCUCGGGUUCAUUUAAAGUACCUCUUUUGUUACACUCUUUGGGAAAUGUCUGUUCUGCCAAUGGGAAAUGUAAUUUUCUUUUUUGUAUAAAUGUCUACAUUUUUUUAUUUUUGUAAUGGCAGUUAUCUGGAAUGUUUGCCUAUAUAAAACGAUUGAAAUGCU